AUGGCUUCCUCAAGUAGCACAGCGACGCCCUUACUUUACUCGUGUAUCGCCUACCACAACACCAUCCUCACCGAGCACACCACUUCCGCUGCCUCGGCCACCUCGUCACUAGCAUCUCUGAUUCUCCCUAAGAUCGACCACUCGUCCGCUCAGAAAUUGACCUAUACUCAUGGCGCAAACCAUAUCCACUACAUCGCAGACGCUGCUCCAGCUUCCGAGGGUAACGCUCCCGGUCUCACCUAUCUCGUCAUCGCCAAGCAAGACCUGGGUCGUCGCAUUCCCUUUGGCUACCUCGUCGAGAUCAAAAAGCGCUUCCUAAACCAACAUCCUAAUGCCGAUUUCGCUUCUCUUCCUUCAUACGGUGCCGCUAGCUUCAACUCGGACCUCAAGAAACUGAUGGUCGAGUACGGAACCACAAAAGCUGGUCAAGACGAUGCCUUCAAGAACGUUCAAGCCGAGAUCGACAACGUCCGAGAUAUCAUGAGCAAGAACAUCGAGCAGGUUCUGGAAAGAGGCGAGAGGAUCGAUUUGUUGGUUGACAAGACUGAUCGUCUGGGUGGUUCUGCUCACGACUUCCGUGUCCGAAGCAGAGGUCUCAAGCGAAGGAUGUGGUGGAAGAAUGUUAAACUGAUGGCUCUGCUUAUUCUUGUCAUCGUCUUCUUGGUUUACUUGCUGGUCGGCUUUGGAUGCGGUCUGCCUGGUUGGUCGCGAUGCAUUCACCACUAA